UCGCGUGUCCCCGCUCCUGCCGCCGGUAAACAGUUUGGCUGGCAGGGCGGGUCUGAGCGGCUACGUCUCGGGAACGUGGGGAACCGCUAGGCGGCCAGAAGCUGGAGCGCGGGCCCUGGAGGGCUGCCGCCACCGCAACGGCGAGACGGAAGUCCAGCGGCGGCCCGCGCCCGGCUUCCGGGCUGUCCGGGGCGCUCCCGGAGCGGCGGUCUCCCAGCUUCCGGCCCUGGCGGGCCCGGCGGCCUCGCGCAAAAAGGCGGGUCCUCACCUGGUGAGAAGGGGAGCUGGAGCCGACCGGCGGCGGCGCGGGGGGCCGGGACCACACUCCGGCCCGAGGCCGCCGCGCUCCCCAAGGAACGUUCGUCCAUUCCUUUGCUGGACGCGGGGCAUAACUGUUCGCGGGGCAUCACAGCGCCUGUUUGCCUCCGGCCCCGGGGAAGUUCAGGCCCGUCUGGUUCCAACACACUGCUGUGUGUCAGGUUAAAGACCAAACCGCUCUCUGACUUUCUCCAUCCGGUGGUGAGCCGAAAGACGCCUCUGAUUUCUUUCAGGUGUUGACGUUGAGUAGGCCUCGUUAGCAUAUGAAGAUGGCUGCAUCCAAAGACGCCAUCCCUUCCUUAGCCGAAUGUCAAUGCGGAAUCUGUAUGGAAAUCCUACUGGAGCCGGUAACCCUUCCAUGCAACCACACGCUGUGUAACCCGUGUUUUCAAUCGACUGUUGAAAAGGCCAACCUGUGCUGUCCCUUCUGUCGCCGCCGAGUCUCUUCGUGGACUCGAUAUCAUACCCGAAGAAAUUCUCUUGUUAAUACAGACCUGUGGGAGAUUAUCCAAAAACACUAUGCAAAAGAAUGCAAGCUUAGAGUCUCUGGGCAAGAAUCAAAGGAAAUCGUUGAUGACUGCCAGCCAGUUCGUCUGUUGAGUAAACCUGGGGAGCUGAGACGAGAGUAUGAAGAGGAGAUAAGCAAGGUGGAGGCUGAACGACAAGCCAGCAAGGAAGAAGAAAACAAAGCCAGUGAGGAAUACAUACAGAAAUUGUUGGCGGAAGAAGAGGAGGAAGAAAAAAGACAGACAGAAAGAAGGAGAAGUGAGAUGGAAGAACAGCUGAAAGGGGAUGAAGAGCUGGCAAGGAGGCUCAGCAUCAGUAUUAACAAUAACUACGAGAAAAAUAUUUUGACUUCUCCUUCGAGUUCCAGAAAAUCAGAUGCAGUCACAAACAAGUCACAAAAGAAAAAUACAAACAAACAAAAAAAUUUUGGAGAUAUUCAAAAGAAAUUGACAAGUGACAUGAAGAGCCCUGUGUGGCAAGACACAGAAAUUGAAAAAGAUGAUAUGCCAACACUUUCUCCGCAGGUGUACCUAGAAACUCAAGAACAAGGUUCGGGGUCUUUAGUAGAGUCACCUGUGCCAUGGAUGUGUGCCAGGGAUGUUGAACAGUGCCUUGAAGGAGCAGUUGAAACACUAUCAACCAAUCCUGAUGAUAUAUGUGUUGUAAAUCAUGAGGAAUCUAAAGCCAAAGUGUCCUGCUCUAACGAAGCUACAGUUAAGCCUUGUGGUAAAGUAGAAAAUGAGGAGUGCUCUGUGUCAGAUAUGACCCAGUUAGCUGAUGGUAACGGAGUUCCAGAAAGUAGAGUGUAUCAUCUAGUAGAUGGAAAAGAGAUUUCCGAAAGAGAAAACCAGGAAUCUGUGUUUGAAUCAGUCAUGGAUCCAUGCUUUUCUGCAAAAAGAAGGAAAGUAUUCCUCAAAUCCUCAGAUGAAGAAGAAACAGAAGUGAACUUUACACAAAAACUGAUAGAUUUGGAGCGAAUGCUUUUUGAGAGACAUAAGCAAGAAGAAGAGGACCGAUUGUUAGCAUUGCAGCUUCAGAAGGAGGUAGAUAAAGAACAAGUGGUGCUCAACCGGCAGAAAGGCUCCCCCAAUCAGUACCAGCUGCGCACAUCUUCACCCCCAGACCGGCUGCUGCACAGACAGAGGAAGAACUCCAAAGAUAGGAACUCCGUCAAGCAGACUGAUACAGAGCAUUCAAAGUCUCAGAGGAGCACAAAAGAUGAGUAUAGGCAACCCUUCAAAAACACAUGGAAGGAUUCAGUUAAUGGAAGACAGAGGCCACAUUCCGCUAAAGAUGAUUGUAGUAAUGUAUCGAAACGCACUUAUUCCCAACAGCCUAGUAAUUCACAGAAAAGUAUUCUUCAGAUGUUUCAGAGAUGAACCAAGCAAAGCAUGGGUAAAGAGAGUAUUCUGUAAUCUAGUAAAGCUGUAUUGUAAAACUAGCACUUUUCCAUCAUAAGAUCUUGAGAGGUGUGUCAUCAAGCUAAGCAAGCACACUUACUCUUGUUUUAAGGUGUGGUUACAAGGAAGAAUUUACAAAUACGUUUCUGCAAAAAUCAGUGAUAAGGAAAGGUCCUUACGAAUUGUUUCUGUUAUUAAUAUGUUAUUAAUAACUGCUAUGCUCUGACUGCAACAGUCUUUACAGGUAUAAGAAUGCCUAGGCUAGGACAUCUUCAGGAGCCAUUCCCUUUCCAAGUCUUUCCGCCUUUCUUUUGUUAUGAAAGGGUAAGGAGCCUAACACUAAAGUAGUUCAUUCCUGUACCUGCUUUAAUCUGAGCAUUCUAGCGUUUCCUGUGAUUUAGGGUGGAUCAGGAUCUACACCAACUAGUUGACAAAAAGGCUGCGCGGUUGCUAACACAAAAGGGUUGCAGAGUGGGAUGGGGCUGAGUGGUGGGUUGGCAGUUAGGGUCACUGGAACUGUAGCAGAACCUGGGUCCAGAAUGGGCAGCAGGUUUCUUGUGGCAGAACAUUCUCCUUCAUCCCUGUGACAGAAAUACUUUGGGUCUACAGCUUUUCACACCAUGGUAUCUUGGCAAAUAUUGGGAUAUUUUUACUGAUCUAGAGAAAGGAAUUUACCACAGGAAAAGUGUACCAUAGGCUUCUGUUGGAUACCCUGCGUUACCACCCUCAACGCUUACUGGCUUAGACUUUGUGUUUGUGUGCAAGGUAAAUCCAAAGGGAACUGACUUUAUCUUGUGAAAUUUGAACUUUUACUGUUACCUUUCCUUUAGUUAAGAGAAAUAACUUUUCAGUAGACCGUAGUUCCAAUAGCAUUUCUUCUGGGUCCUGGCGUCCACUUACUGUUAACACAGUGAACUUACUGUCCUGCUGCAGUGUUUGACUUGAUCCACGUUUUUGUCAUUUGAGUUUUUCUUCCAAGUUUUAAGAUUGUUUUUAUGUUUAUCUUGGUAUUUUUUUUUAACUUAAUGCUUUACAUGUUGGAACUCCAAAUUUAAAGUUAUCACAUGGAAUCUUUGUGGAAUAGUUCAUGACCAAAGGGACGAAGAAAAACAGGUCACAGAGUGCUAUGGUUAGAAUUUAUACACUUCCCCACCUGCUGCUCCGUGGGGAAGUUGUCUUGACUGAAGUUGAUUUUGAGAUUUGUAGUUUCUCCUUUAACCUUUCUGUUGUUCCUGUUUAUGCCUUUGUGUUAGAAAGUAUUACAUUUUUUAUUGGUCAUUAGUAAACUGUUUUUUCCUCAUGUGAAAAACAUUCAAUUUUAUCAGAGUAUUAACACUGUGCAGAUGCUGAAAAUCAAAAAAUUAAAAAGAGGCCAGGCAUGGUGGUAUAUGCCUAACUAAUCCCAGUACUUGGGAGGCAGAGGCAGGGGCAUCUCUGUGAGUUCUAAAAAUAAAUAUAAUUAAUUAAAAGAA